UUAAUUAAAUAUAUAACAGUUUUAAUUAAAAUAUAAUUUUAGUAUAACUUUUGUUUUGUAGUUUUGUCAUAAAAAGUUGCAUAAAAUGUCUGAACCAAAGGAUGCGGCCGGUCUGACUAAGACCGAGAAGGAUUUUGUGAGAAAUACAUGGGAAUUGGUCCGACAGGAUAUCAUUGGUAAUGGUAGCGAUCUGUUCAUCAGAUUUUUCGACGAGAACCCUACAUACCAGGGUCUAUUUAAGGCUAUUAAAAAUGUACCCAAAGCCGAGUUGAGAGAAAAUAAGCGCUUUAUAGCACACUUAACAAGCGUUAUGUACACCCUAUCCAUGAUUGUGGACUAUAUCGAUGAGACAGAACUGUUGGUCGAGAUGUUGACCAAAAUGGCUAACAAUCACAUCAGACAUAAGACAACGGCUGAGAUGUUUAUGAAUCUAAAGACAACAAUCAUCGGCGCGGGUCAGUCGGGUUUGGGUGCGUUCAACGCCUGUCGGGAACAGCACUUCGACGCUGUGGUCGUGUAUGAGAGGUCUGACAGUCUGUGCGGUCUGUGGGCUAAUAGGGCUGACAGCGGGGAAAACAACGGGGAGGGGACGUCCCGUCUAAUGAGAAACACAACACUCAACACUAGUAAAGAGAUGACCGCAUUCUCUAAUUUCCCGGUACCCGAACAUUAUCCCAAUUUUAUGCAUCACUCGGAUAUGAGAGAAUACCUGUCAUUAUAUGCGGAGAAAAUCGGUAUCAAAGAUCACGUGAAACUCAGACACGAGUUAAUCGGUUGCCAACAGAACGCAGACUACGACCGGACGGGCAGAUGGAGGCUAACGGUGCGCGACAUCGACAACGACCGGGUGUUUGACGAAGUGUUUGAUGGCGUGAUUGUAUGCACCGGACGUUUUCAUCGGCCGAUUAUACCGGACAUAAAAAAUAGACAAUUAUUUAAUGGACGAGUUGUGCACUCAAACACAUUGUCGGACGCGAAUGAGUUUGAGGGCCAGCGGGUGGUUGUGUUAGGCGUCGGCAACUCUGGUAUCGAUGCGGCUGUGGAAUCGGCAAAAGUGUACUUAUCGUCGCGCACCGGGUGUUGGAUAAUAAACCGAUCCGCAGUUAAGGGCACACCGACUGACACUUUCGGUUUAAGACGUUGUUUUCAUUGGUUAUACGAGGGCUGGACGUACCCAAUGGCCAGUCGACUGAUAGCACUAUAUCUAAACAUUACGCAAUUUGACCACAAGCUGUAUGGCCUAAAGCCUAAGCACCGGCUGUUUUCGCAGCAAACGAUAUUUGGUGAUGAACUGUCCAUUUAUAUUAACAGAGGUUUGAUUACUAUAAAGACUAAUAUUCAGGAAUUCACCAAGGACGGUGUCAUAUUUGAAGGGGAAACGGUUGAGACGCCGUGCGAUGCCGUCAUAUACGGCACGGGUUAUUACCAGUCGUUCCCAUUUUUGCCGGAGGAGUUACGCCCGGAGCUGAACCCAGACUUACAGCUAUACAAAUACAUGUUUUACCCACACCUCAAACACGCGCACACUCUGGGCAUAACGAGUAACGCCUUACCGGUGACCAGCGCUGCCAAUCCGUUAACAGAGCACCAGUCGCGGCACUUCGCGCUACUGAUGGCCGACAGGUGCCGAUUGCCGUCCGAGAAACGUAUGCUCCGGGAUAUCAAACGCCACAAGGCGUGGGUUAGCCGACACUUCCCUCACAAUACAAAUCAAGUCCAAUAUCUUAAAUAUAUGAACGAAUUGGCCGUCGAAAUGGGUGUUAAACCCCAUCUCUGGAAGUAUGCGUUCACUGACCCUAAGCUUUGGUGGCACUUAUACUUUGGUCCCUGCGUUCCCUUUCAGUAUCGAUUGAAUGCGAUCAUCGGUGCGGGUCAGUCGGGUUUGGGUGCGUUCAACGCCUGUCGGGAACAGCACUUUGACGCUGUGGUCGUGUAUGAGAGGUCUGACAGUCUGUGCGGUCUGUGGGCUAAUAGGGAUGAAAGAGUUGCCACCGAUGGCGGAGAGGAGAGCGGCGCCCGACUGUUGACUACAACUACGCUCAACGUUAGCAAAGAGAUUACCGCUUUCUCCGACUUUCCGGCGCCCGAAAACUAUCCUAAUUUUAUGCAUCAUUCAAUUUGGAGAAAAUACCUGUUGUUAUAUGCGGAGAAAAUCGGUUUAAAAGAUCACGUGAAACUCAGACACGAGUUAAUCGGUUGCCAACAGAACGCAGACUACGACCGGACGGGCCGAUGGAGGCUAACGGUGCGCGACAUCGACAACGACCGGGUGUUUGACGAAGUGUUUGAUGGCGUGAUUGUAUGCACCGGACGUUUUCAUCGGCCAGUUAUACCGGAUAUAAAAAAUCGUGAGUUAUAUACUGGAAAUGUCAUUCAUGUAAACGCAUUGUCGGACACGACUGGGUUUGAGGGCCAGCGGGUGGUUGUGUUGGGCGUCGGCAACAGCGGCAUUGAUAUCGCUGUCGAGUUGUCUAAAGUGUGCAAAAAAGUGUACCUAUCGUCGCGCACCGGGUGUUGGGUACUGAGCCGUACGGUUCUGAAAGGUUUGCCCAGCGAUGUGUUUGUAUUGAGACGAUCGUUGCGUUGGCUGUUUGAGGGCUGUACGCACCUAAUUGGCAAUCGACUCAUCACAACAUACCUUAAUUAUGCGCUAUUCAAUCACAAGCUAUACGGCCUGAUGCCUAAGCACAGGUUCGCCUCCCGGGGCCCAGUAUGUAGCGACGAUUUGCCCAAACAGAUCGCCAGGGGUGCCAUCACCGUAAAGACUGGUAUCCGUGAAUACACCGAGAACGGGGUCAUUUUUGAA